AUGGUGGAUAGGAUCCAUAGUGGUCAAGGUGGUACACCAGUGUCCAACCCUGCUGAUGAGGUUCAACUACCGGCUCAAACUCAAGAAAAUUUCAUUUUGUGGCCAAAGAGACUUGUUGGAAAGCCGGUAGUGACAAAGAAGGCGAUAGCGAAGAAGGCAACAAAGAGUGCAUCAAAUUUUGUCAUCCUGCCUCUUCCUAAUGACAGUGCGGUUAUGUAUUUCAAUUUGGCGCUUCUUCAUUCCAUGGUAGCAAACAUAGAGAAACCCCUUACUUUCAAGAUGCCGUUGGAGAUUGCGGCUAUUGAUGUUACCAUUAGAUUUCUUAUGAAUAUGGAUGUUGGGGAUUUCAUGGAGAUGGUUGAUCUGGAGGAGUCGAUGGAAAGAAUUAGAAUGAUUCCUGCCACUGAAGAAGCGAUUCAGUCUCUCAACAAAGUCGAACUUGGAGAAAAUACUGAUCAUCAGUGCUGCAUUUGUUUCGAAGAUUUUAAUGAUGCUGAUGAUGAUGCUGAGAUUUCAACAAUGCCAUGUCAUCAUAAUUUUCACAAAAAUUGUAUUGCUCAGUGGUUAAAAACAAGUCAUGUAUGCCCUUUAUGCCGGUAUCAAAUGCCUGUAGACAACAAUUCUUAG